AUGGCAACUCAAGCCCAGCUUGAUGAAAAGGCCCUGAGAGACCGCACAGGAGCAACAGCUGGUCCGUCUUUAGAGGAGCGGUUGGCAACCCAUCGGGCUCAGCUGGCAGAGAAAGCCCAACGAGAUCGAGACCAUGGCCCUGCAAAUAUCGCAUCAGCAUCGGAAUUUGCGACGCCGGCUCAACUAGCAGAGAAGUCUCGACAGCUAGACAAUUUUGCCGAAGCUUUUGCGACGUCGGCUCAACUGGCAGAGAAAUCCCGCGGGCGUCCUGGUCCUCCACCCCUACCACCUCGAACGCCUUCGACACCGACACAUGUCCCCCCUCCUCCAGCCUACUCUAUCGAUGAUGCAAAACGGAGUGAGCUGGUCUCGGAGCAAUGGAGAUCGAGAGAUCCACGAUCCUCUUCAACUCAUUCUCUCGUGCCAUCCGAGUCGCAUCGAGAUGGCCGGCGGACUUUGCUCCUAGUCUAUAUUCACGGCUUCUUGGGCAAUGAAACAAGUUUCCGGAGCUUCCCGGCACAUGUUCACAACCUCCUCACUAUCACCCUCUCGAAGACUCAUGUCGUCCACACAAAGAUAUAUCCCAGAUACAAGUCGAGGAAGGACAUAGCAUUCGCCAGAGAUGAUUUCAGCACAUGGCUUGAACCACAUGAGAAUAACCACACGGAAAUAGUUCUACUUGGACAUAGUAUGGGAGGAAUCCUAGGUGCCGAAGUUGCACUGCAGAAGCCUGCUUCCCCCGCUACCGGACGGCCAUUUCGACACCGACUCUUGGGUACAGUCAACUUUGACACUCCGUUCCUAGGCAUGCAUCCGGGAGUGGUUGUGAGUGGUAUUAGCAGCCUCUUCCGUCCUGCACCAGAACCCCCAGGUGCUCCUCCUCCUCAGUCAUUUCUUCCAAGUGGAGCAAAUACGCCAUCACUGGAUAGCCAAGCAACACCAAGCUACCCUCUUUCCACAGUCACAUCUGAUGUCUCUUCAUCAACGGUCACUCUUGUACAAAGCAUUACCUCGCCACAGGGUAACGCGACGCCUAAUGAUCCAUUCUUUAAUCCUCCCUUCCCUAACGAUGUGCGAUUGCCAGAGCGAACAGGCUGGUCUGGUGUUUUACACUUUGUUAACAAGCACUCAGAUGGGCUCACGGACGCCACCAAGCAGUACUUUAUCUCACAUCUGGAGUUUGGAGGUUGUAUGGCGGACUACCCGGGCCUGAAAAAUCGUUACGAGAAGAUCCGAGCUUUAGAGGACGUCAGUGACCUAGCACAAAGUACAGGUUCUAGGCGUCAGCCACAAACUCAGCGUGUUAGAUUCAUCAACUAUUACACUGCCAGUACUGGAAGGUCAAAACAGCCAAAAUCCCUCUCUCCAGGCGAGAAUGGCGUGGUACAGCCUGUUGAAGUCGAAUUGGAUAAUUUGAGCUUGGCGACUUCUGGAUAUCUGACUCCGAUGCCUGGUACUCCAAGGAUAUCUGUCGAGGAGCAUGGCGAUGGUACAGUAACCCCACAGCCUCUGGUGGACGGGCCAGCUGCAUCCCUGAUCGAAGCUCAGAUGAAGAAUCUUGGCGUGGACUCUGGAAUCCAGAAUAAUGUGCAGGAAGAUGGGUCGGCUCGAAUGCAGCAUAUUGACUCGGUGCAGGCCGAAGGGGAUGAGGAUAUGUAUGAUGCACUAGCAGACCCGUCACCCCUUGCCGCAACGGAAGAGAUGCCAAUCGGGCCAUCCUUUGACAUCAAACCUACCACCUCUGAGCCAGCUUUACCACCCAUUCCACCCAUACCAAUAGAACCAGAGGUAGUUGACCUCGAAGCAUACACAGAUAAAGACUUGCGCAAGGCUGCCGAGAAAGAGCAAAAGAGAGUCAUGAGGGCUUACCAGCAGGCAGUCAAAGACCGAGAUAGCUCUAUCAAGGAUAGACAUAGACUUUCUGAGAAGCGGGAGAGGAAAGCUCGUCAGGAACGAGAGAAAGAAGAGAAAGCCGAAGUGAAAAAGCGCUUGGCAGAGGGGAAGAAGGCAGAAAAGCAGCGGCUGGCCAGAGAAAAGGAACGGCUGAAGGAAGAGGAACGGCGCAUGAAGGAAGAGGAGAAGUGCAUGGCUACAAGCAACCCCGAACUGCGGAAGAGAGGGGCGUCAGUUGCGUCCUCGGUAAAGGCUGAUAAGCCGAAGCGAGACAAGAAGUUUUGCAUGUUACCUCCCGGGUAUAAUGGCAAGCGAGAUAAGUGCUGGGUCAGAGUGUACAUGGAGGGUGUUGACGAGGUUGGAGCUCAUUGCGGACUUUUCUUUGCGGGACCACAUUACGAAAGUUUGGUUGGUGAUGUGGGUGACAGGAUCGGGAAGUGGGUUCAGGAAGAUGCUUAUAGGAGAGCGGUUCAGGAGGUAUAA